AUGAAUUCCGAUAUUGAUUACAUACGGAGCUUCCCAACUCGCGUGGAAGAUUUCAGCCUUCCUCCAGAGCCGAAUAAUUUAUGGGACUUGACCGCACUGGAACCAUGCCCUGAAGACUACACCUUUCUUGACAUCCGAUAUGAUCGUGUCCAUGAUGUUAGAGCCGUCAAGUUGGAGACUGCAAAACUACUUGGACGACUGCACUUUUGGGGCAUAUCCAAGAAGACUCAGAGCAAGAAAGCAAUCAUGCAAAGUUUAUGGAAGAUGUUUUAUCACAUGCCAGACAGAUACCGCCCCACGAGUUUUGCAGAGCUUUUCAACUUUCACCGAGACACUGGUCCCCGUCUCAUGGGCUGGGAGCAUUGCGAUGAAGAGGUUGGACCGAUCAGCCGGUUCUAUCCAGUUCGACCAGAUCCCCGUGCUCCAGUAGACCCCGAAUGGGUGCGCCCAAUUGCUGCGCCUGAUCAUUUAUCGGACAGUAUCAUUCACCAAUUCAUGUUGCCCGUGGUGCCCGUGGUCGAACACGAGACCCCUGUCAAGUCAACCAAAAAAGAUAAACGGCGUGCUGAAAGAACUCAAUCCUUGCCACACAAGAAAGAUAAGCCGGGAGCUAAACAACAGAAGAGCUCGAAAAGCCAUGUGGUGAAGCAACAAGCCCCAAAAAGGACUCGCGACGUCGAUUCAGCUUCGCUGCUUGGACCUGCCCCUAGUGCAAGCCAAACAAGUGAAGGAAGAAUGCAUGUCAUCAAGCCGGCUCCAGAAAAUUUUUGCGCAAUUGAGAGUUUUCGUGCUGGAUCAUCUAGCCAUUCUAUUAGCGAAUCAGAAGAAAGCCUAUCCGAAACAGAUUUAAUCAUGUCCGAGAUUACCCAAAGGCUCACGGAGGCUAUUGAGAGAACUAUCUUGGAAUUUGCCUACCAUGACCUCCAGCGGGACCCCAAUGCACCGAGCCGAGUACCGGAGUCAUAUGCAACUGCUUCCUCCACUGACGACUUACAAACGGUGCAGAUUGGAACUUUUGCUGCACAUGCGUAUCUCAAACUAGAUCCGAUCAACUUUGAGUUUGAUCACAGCUCGACCACUCUCUACCCAUAUCGAGGGAGGGGUCCAAUCUGGAGCGAUUAUAGCUGCUCAAUUGACUGUGUUAUUGUGUUGGGUAUGUUACUUGACGUCGGUUGCACCAAUAUAGACCGUCGAAGUUGGAGAUAUGGAGAGAUUACCGAGCUCGAAAAGGCAUUUAUCGAAAUAACAAAUGUCAACUGGGAGGCUCUUGAUUUGACUACAAACAUUAAGAUGAGAGACCUAUUCUCGAGAAAGCUCUGUGCUACCGUCCCUUCUAUCAAAAUGGGAGAGCCCGCUCCGUCGUGGGCCAUCUGGUCUGAAUGUACAAGGAACUUUUCGCAAUUCUACUAUACAUUCUCUGAAUACCAUCGGGCGUGUGCUUGCAGUGGCCAGGAGAUCCUAGAGAGUGACAAAUAUGCCAACUGUUUGUUACCCAACAUUGCAGAUCAUAAUACCAGCGAAGGUGUAUGGAUGGCAGAUUUGAUCGAGAGCUGCAUAUUCACUCCACGCGAAACCAAAUGUAUUCACUGUGGCACGGGAAACGACCGUUCAGAGACAAGAAUUGAUGAGCUGCCACUUCGCUUGGUCGUAUCAAAUUGGGCGGGGAUUCGAGUCCGUAUCAAAAACCAUACUGAAAAUGUCAAUUUCCGCUACCUUGAUUCGAAUGGAAAGGAGAGAAUAGCAACGUAUCGCUGGCUCGGGGGAAUAUACUAUAAAGAGGGUCAUGUGCGUGUCUAUUGGAAUGACCAAGAGCGAGGCGAUAACGAAAAUGAAAACAUCCGCAUGUACGAUGACGAAGUGAACGACGGAGUCAUUUUCGGUGGCAUCCCCCCACAACAUCCCUCGGACCGAGUCCCCCAUGACUGGACCGACAUUGGCUUCUUGAUUGGUAUCUACGAACGUAUCAUCAAUCCGUCGAUGGACAUGAUGAAUGCUGUUCUUUCCACCGUUAGUAGCUGUAAGCGUAUGGUUGCACUGGGUCGAUCGAUCUUACGAAGCCACGACCCGUGGCAAUAUGUACGAUUGCCAGUACCUGGAGAUCCAUCUGCCAAGAAUGUCAUUUCACCACCAGAAGAUCAUGUUAUACCCGUGGCUACUACUCUUUUCCGAGAGGUGCAUAUUGACGAACUUCCCACUCCAGUGCAAGUUACAUCGCGCUCCACGUCACAACAGGUGCCAAGUACACCCGGAAUGGCUCCUGCUGACGUCGACAUGCAAGAUCUAAACAAUAUACUCGACGCCUGGCCUCCAGAGCUACAAGAUGAUGGGAAUACCGAGAGACCACCUGUAUACGAUAACUUGUUCGACUCGAUGCUCAACUCACCUUCCAGGCUGGCCGAAUUCCCUGAGAUGUGGCCUCAAGGUGUUCCAGGAGAUAACGGCGCCUUCAACUUCCCGUCUCUUCCACGGGCUGAUGAUGCAGAUAGUUUGCCUUUCAGCCAGCCACGUACCCCGGUGAUGGACUACGUGCACUGGCCAAGCCCGGAGAAUAUCAUUUUCUUGGAUGAAAUGGAGUGGGCGGCGCAUGCUGGCGCAGUCCGACGCUCUAGCCGUGCCCGACGCUCGGGUCCAUAUCUGAGAACUAUAAUCCGGAAAGCACGCUCGGGCGAUGGGACGUCCAAUCAACCUUCGCUGAAAAUUUUCAGGGAAGCGCAUGCUGAGAAACGAAGCAAAGCUCCUGCCAGAAGUAAUCACCAGAAGAAUAUCACGGAAACUCCUAUGCAGAGGGUCGCAGUAGAAUUACCGAGUGUGCGCCCAAGCGAUGGGUCUACCAAGAAUGCACCGGGAAAGAAAACAUGCGAUAAAAAGAAGGUCUCCGAUCCUGCUAAGAAAGCAGCGAAAGAGACAACAGCCAGUGAUAUUACCAAACUACGUACUGAAAGGCAGGGCGAUAGGUCCAAGGACAAAGCUCGAGGAGCGACAUCUAAGGACACUGGCAAAAAGGACAAUAAGAAGUCUUCCACGAAGGGCAAGUCGAUUGAAAAGUCUGGUAAGGACAAGGAAGGGGAUGAAGAUGUUGGGGAGGAAUUCAAUGAAGCAAAAUCUGCUUAUGAAGGCCCUCCAGAGCCGAGGCCUUAUUGGAUUUCCAGGCCCCCAGGAGAACUUAGAAUGCGGAAGACGGCGAUCCGGAAUGCAAUGAACCAGUCACCUAACAAGAGGGCUCGCUUUGCAGAUGACUUAGAGCAGGGGCCAUCUAAGAGAAUGAAGCUAUAG